AUGAUCGGGGCUUUCUUUGACAGGCGCAGUACAGACCUAUGGGAGAGAAAGAAGAGAAGGGAAGAAAAGGCAUUAGAGAAAGAGCUCAAAAAGGACAAAGCAAAAGCUAAAGAAGCCGUCAGAAAGCUUCAGGAACAAGCAAACUCUACAGACAGUGGAAAGAAGGGGAAGAACAAUGUGAAGCGUUCAAAGUCCAACGAGGAUGAUGGUGAUAUUGAUAACAAUGCCAAGGACCCAGAGAUUCCAUACAGCGAGAAGAAACUGUUGUCUCUUCAAAUGGACAAACACUACAAUCCAAGUGCUGUGGAGAAGUCAAGGUGUGAGUGGUGGGAGAUAAGGGGCUUCUUUAUGGCAGAUGCUAAAAGCUCCAAACCUCCCUUUGUGAUGUUGUAUCCGCCUCCGAAUGUCACAGGUGUGCUUCAUUUAGGCCAUGCUCUCACUGCUGCUAAUGGGGACACUAUAAUACGCUGGCGGCGGAUGUCUGGCGACAACACCUUGUAUCAGCCUGGAAUGGACCACGCUGGGAUAGCAACUCAGGUUGUUGUGGAGAAGAAGCUCAUGUCCGAAACCGGGAAAACCAGGCAUGAUCUUGGUAGAGAUGAGUUUGUGAAACAAGUUUGGGAGUGGAAAAAAGAACACGGUGGCACCAUUUUGCAGCAGCUACGCCGUCUCGGUGCUUCAUUGGACUUUUCGAGGGAGAGCUUUACAAUGGACGAGAAAUGCUCAAAGGCUGUGGUAGAAGCCUUUGUAAGGCUUUAUAACAAAGGACUUAUCUACAGGGAUAAUCGUAUAGUCAACUGGGAUUGCUCCCUGAAAACAGCAAUAUCAGAAAUUGAGGUGGACUCUCUGGAUAUUCAAGGAAGGACGUUACUGAAGGUUCCUGGUUAUGAGAACAAGGUAGAGUUCGGCCUUUUGACUACGUUCGCAUACCAUUUGGAAGAAGAAGGAGAGGUACUUGUGGCGACUACAAGAAUAGAAACCAUGCUUGGUGAUACUGGUAUUGCUGUGCAUCCGGAUGACAAAAGAUAUAAGCAUCUUCAUGGAAAACAUGCCAUUCAUCCGUUCAGUGGAAGAAGAAUCCCUAUAAUAUGUGAUGCAAAGCUUGUUGAUCCAGAAUUUGGAACUGGUGCUGUGAAGAUUACCCCGGCGCAUGAUCCUAAUGACUUCGAAGUUGGCAAGCGCCAUAAUCUUGAGUUUAUCAACAUCUUCACUGAUGAUGGAGAAAUAAACCAGCAUGGUGGAGAAAAAUUUGCAGGGAUGCCACGUUAUAAAGCGCGAGACUUGGUGACUGAAGCACUCAAGGAGAAGGGGCUGUAUAGGAAAACUGAGGUUAAUGAGAUGAAAAUCAAGAUUUGUUCUAGAAGCAACGAUGUUGUGGAGCCCAUGAUGAAGCCUCAGUGGUAUGUCAAAUGCUCUGGUAUGGCGCAUGAAGCUCUCAUUAGCGUGGAGGAGGAUGAAAGUAACAUGAAGAAGCUAGAGAUCAUCCCCAAAGAGUAUACUGAUCACUGGAAGAGAUGGCUUGAGAACAUUCGUGACUGGUGCAUCUCGAGGCAACUUUGGUGGGGUCACCGUAUUCCGGCAUGGUAUGCUGUUUUUGAGGAUGAUAAGCCUGAGGAUUUUGGACUGUUGGAUGACAGAUGGGUGGUUGCAAGAAACUUGGAAGAGGCUAGGGCAGUGGCUGCUGAAAAAUUUGGGCAAGAAAAGAAGUAUGAAUUAAGUGAGUCUACUCAGGACCCUGAUGUGCUUGACACUUGGUUUUCUUCUGCUCUCUUCCCAUUGUCUGUAUUCGGCUGGCCAGAUGAUACAGAAGACUUUAAGGCAUUCUAUCCGUCUUCACUUCUUGAAACUGGGCAUGACAUUCUCUUUUUCUGGGUUGCUCGCAUGGUAAUGCUUGGAAUUACUUUGGGUGGUGAAGAUGGUACAGGAGGAAAUCUGCUGCCUUUUCCAAAGGUAUAUCUGCACCCAAUGAUUCGUGAUGCACAAGGACGAAAAAUGUCAAAGUCCUUGGGGAAUGUGAUUGAUCCAGUUGAUGUAAUCAAUGGUAUUACCCUUGAAGGUUUACAUGAGAAGCUUUCAAAAGGAAACUUGGACAAAAAGGAAAUAGAAGUAGCCAAAGAGGGGCAAAAGAAGUCAUUCCCUAAUGGUAUCAAGGAAUGUGGUGCAGAUGCUCUUCGUUUUGCUCUCAUUGACUACACUGCACAGUCUGAAAAUAUAAAUCUGGACAUCAAGAGGGUGGUGGGAUAUCGACACUGGUGCAACAAACUAUGGAAUGCAGUAAGGUUUGCUAUUCUAACACUUGGGGACGGUUAUGUUCCACCCUCAAAGGCAAUUAAUCCAGAGGAGCUUCCAUUUAUUUGUCAGUGGAUACUCUCAGUACUAAACAAAACAAUUGAUAAGACUGUGUCCUCAUUGGAGUCCUAUAAGUUAUCUGAUGCAGCUAAGGCUGUAUAUAGUUGGUGGCAGUACCAGUUAUGCGAUAUUUUUAUUGAAGGUAUCAAGCCUUUCCUUUCUUAUAAUGAUCCAACAGCAGAGUUUGCGAAACACACGCUAUGGUUAUGUCUUGAUAAUGGCCUGAGGUUGCUUCAUCCUUUUAUGCCCUUCAUCACAGAAGAGUUGUGGCAACGUCUUCAUCUUCAUGCAGCACCGUCAUCAAUAAUGGUAAGUGAAUAUCCAUCCAUGGUAGAUUGCUGGAAGAACGAAAAAGUAGAGAAUGAGAUGGAUAAUCUUGUUAUGUUUGUUGUGAAUGCUCUGCGUUCACUAGCAAAAGGAAGUCGUCAACGGCGGCCAGGUUUUGUGCUAUCUCAGGUGAAAGAAGAGAGACAAUUGAUAUCCACUCAAUCUGUCAUUAUUUCUCAAUUAACCAAUGUGUGGCCGUUGGUGAUAAUGGAUGAGAAGGAUACUGCUCCAACUGGAUGGGCAGUUUCAAAAACUAAAAAUUUUUCUUUUUAUCUAAAUUAA